GUCUCCUCCAAUUAUUUAUUUCCUUCAAGUCUUUGACUCCCUAUUUUACCCAUUCAGGCUUUCGCCUAAGAAAUUUAGAAUCGCGGAGAGGAUAGCGAACCUGUUUGGAGCGAAAGAAACCGAAGGAAAAUGCAACUGGGUCAAACCAUCACCAUAUCGUUUCUUCUCUUUCUCUACGUGAGUUUCUGUCUGCCUCGUGUCUCUGAAUCGUUGCCACGAUGCAAAGCGUGGUUAGUCCAAUCCAUUCCCACCGAUAUGCCCGAACUCCGUCGCGUUUCCGGCGUCCUCUCCACCGGGGAUGUGUUCAGGUGGCUUGCGAAUAAUUCCACGGAGAGGCUAGACAUAAUCGCACAGUAUUGGCAGCUGGUAGCGACUCCGGAGGAUCCUCGCUCCGGUGAUUAUGGAUACUCCAAGGAUGAUAUGCAGCGAUUUGGCGCCGAUGAAGGGUAUGCCGUUUACAAGGCCCUGGAGAACGCCGCCGCUCGCGAUGUUGAUAUCAGGUUACUGCAGCACUCGGGUGUUUAUCCUGACUAUACUAAAGAACCCACCAGCCUUGCCUUAGGAAGGGAAAAUGUCGAGAGUAUGACUUUAUUACUUGACAAAUGGUGGGGUUCAGGCAUAGUGCAUACAAAAGUUUGGAUAUCCAAUCGCCGAGAUGUUUAUAUAGGAUCUGCAAACAAUGACUGGAAAUCUCUUACUCAGGUGAAGGAAGUUGGGAUCUAUCUUGUUGAUUGUCCAAAAAUUGCAAGAAAGGUGGAGGCCUACUUCAAUAAUCUAUGGGCACUUGCACAUCUUAAUUCUGCAGCUUACACAAAAAUGGUAUCAGACAAACAAUGGCAGAUUGACAGAAUAGUUCCCUGCUGGUCACAUUUCCUUGAUCCUGAAACGAGGUGCACGACACCCCUUUCUACUCCUUUUAUAGAGGUUCGCCAUGUGAGAGGCUAUCCAAUACUUUCACAUCCUAAAAUCUUAAAGUUGAUGAUUGAGACUCCUGGAUGUCCCUAUUCAACUUCUAUGCCUCAAUCAUCCUAUCUCUCGUUUGCUCCACCAGAGCUGUCAUUUGACAGGUACCAGCCUGAUGAACAAGCAUGGAUAGAAACAAUUAAAUCUGUUGAAAUUGGUGGAACUGUCAGGAUAAAUACUAUGGACUGGCUCGGUCAAUCUCAGUAUACAAAACAAACGGUUUAUUGGUCCUCCCUCUCUUCUGCUAUAUCAGAGGUUGUCUUCGCCAGGCAGGCAAAAGUGAAGAUAAUGGUAGCAUACUGGGCGCAUUUCAUUAAUAACACAGAAGUGUAUCUGAAGUCACUUCUCUUCUCCAAUGUCCUCUGCUCUUCUUCAAAAUACAACGACUGUGCAGGCAAAGUUGAGAUCAAAUACUACGUGGUGCCAGGUUACAAUUCAACUGGAGCUGCAAUAAAAGAUGGAGCCCGUACUGGUAAUAUCUAUCCAGGCUAUACCAGAGUCAAUCAUGGUAAAUAUGCUGUUAGUGAUGUGAGGGCUCACAUUGGCACGAGUAAUCUCGUAUGGGAUUAUUUCUACACGACAGCAGGAGUCAGCUUUGGCACAUAUGAUCCUGCAAUUGUUUCUCAACUGCAAGAAAUAUUUGAUGCUGAUUGGAAUUCCCCUUAUGCUGUUCCUGUCAAGGACUUGCAGGAGGGUUAUAGCUAUCCGAAGUAGUUAAUGGCUUGAUAUGGAAAUGGCCAUGGUAAGAUGAACUAAAGGAACAUAUGCAUUUUUCUACUAAAUUAUUAAAAAUUAAAAAUUUUAAUCAUAAAUGUUUUGUGCAGUCCCCUUGAAUCAAGAUUGCAAAAAGGACUCAAUUCUUUUUUUUUCUCUUAUUAAUCUCAUAGAUAUUUGUAAGUUGUCUUGAUUACAAGUAUCGAGUAAAAUUUUACUUUUAAA